AUGGGUAUAGCCAACUACUGUGCUCUUGUAGGGAGUAGACACUUUCUCUUCUCUCCCCCUCCAGGGAACCUGCGGCUGGCUGACGGCCUUGGGCGCUGCAAGGGGAGAGUGGAGGUGAAGCACCAAGAACAGUGGGGCACCGUGUGCAAUGCAGGCUGGAACCUAUCAGCUGCAAAGGUGGUGUGCCAGCAGCUGGGUUGUGGGAGGGCCACGCUGACCCAAAGAUGCUGCAACAAGGCUACCCAGGGCCAAGGAACCAUCUGGCUGAGCCAAGUGUCAUGCUCAGGACAAGAACUCAGCCUUCAGCAUUGCACUUCUAUGCUUUGGGGGAAGAACAACUGCACCCAUGAUGAGGACACAUGGGUUGAAUGUGAAGAUCCCUUUGACUUGAGACUGGUAGGAGGAGACAGCCGCUGCUCUGGGCGACUGGAAGUACUGCACAAGGGCAUAUGGGGUUCUGUGUGUGACGAUGGCUGGGAAGAAAAGGAGGACCAGGUGGUGUGCAAGCAGCUGGGCUGUGGGACGUCCCUUUAUCCAAGUGUUAAAGCCCGAAGAAGCUUUGGCCCUGGUGUUGGCCGCAUCUGGCUGGAUGACGUUCGUUGUUCAGGAAAGGAACAGUCCUUAGACCAGUGCCAGCACAGGUUCUGGGGGCAUCACAAUUGCAACCACAAGGAAGACGUGGGUGUUAUCUGCUCAGAACAAUAGCCUGGCUUCCCUGAUGCUUAAUCUGACCCCCACAGGCCCCGCGUGUUUGUUAUUUUCUCAUGGACCCUGAUUGGCACAUCAUAAGCACUGGGCCUGCAGCUUUAGCUACCACUCCUUCUGCUCUCAACAGCAGACUGAGCAUUGUAUAUACCUUGCUCUCAGAGCCACGCACCCCAACUAUUGCUUGGACAUAUAAAUCGUUGAAUUCCUUAUUGCUGGGCAAGAUGAGCUCCCGGUAACUCCCUCUUCACUACUGACCCCUUGACUUUGAUUCUGGCCUCUCCUGCCUCUUUUCAAUCCAUCUGGAAUCCCCACACCUGUGAUUUGACCAGUACAGGCAACGACCAAGGCAAGAUUUAUGUCUGUAACAACGCAAAAGGAAUGAGACAACGAAAGAAACAUGUGAAAGGAAAUGUGGGUAGGCAAUUACAUGGAACUUGUGGGAACGCUUAAUCUUUUUGAACUCUUUUUCUCAAGCUUCAGGUGAUCACAACAAUUAAUAAUAUCUCACUAUUCUUCUUUUACUUGGUAAGAGUAGACCAUUCUUGCAUGAGAAGGGCAGUAUCCUGUAAUCCUGGACCUUUUCAUGACACGUGGAAAAAGAUGUUGGACCCCCUGAAUGCCUAUAAUAAAAUACCUUUGUUGACCAUCCAUAUACAACUUGCCAACAUGGUUGACAUUUAACAAUAAAAAUCUCACAAAUGCAUUUUAAUUUUUCCAAGGGAAAAUGUAUUGGCUAUGGGGCUGCCACUGGGAGAAGAGAAAGAAAGAAAGUAGAAAGAGUUUGGGGAGGUUCAGAGUUGUGCCUCAUGCCAAUCGGAUAAUAUAAUUUUCAUUUUACCAACUCAGACUUUGGGGUCUGCAGUCUGACGUAAGACCAAGUGAUACUAAGGAGAAAAUCAAGACUUGAUCAUAAAAAUCAACAACUUUAGACUCUGAGGCUAAGACCUAUAAUAUACCUACAUUUAUGCUAUCUAAUAAAUUAGAUUUCACAAGUCUCAA